UGUACUCGCGUUUUGCUUCCGUUUCGCGCGCGUUCGAUACGAGAAAAUCGGACGGCCGGCUCCGGAGGGGCUGUGCUCGCAGCAAAACAAUCGUACGAGAACCGUGUGCCCCCCCCCCCCCCCCACAAGCAGUGCUGGAGUGGCGGCACCGACCGAUGUUGUGUACGCCGCCGCCGUGUUGGUUCGUCUUCGCGCCUAUCAGUGUCGGCGGUGCCCCAGACCGCAUCACCUGUUGUUAACUUUUCGACGUCGUUCCGGACGCAGAGACCGAUCAAGGUGCCACUCCCCAUAGAGCGCUCUUGUGCGACACACGAACAGUGCCGGCCGUCGGGUGGAUGUUCGACGACCGGGACGACAAUACAAUACCGUAGCUCGCGAGUGCGCGACCGUCGAGCUGGUGAUAUCCGCGAGAUAUCAGAGGCUAUUCCCGUUCACGCGAGUUCGCUUAUUUCGCCGUUUUCGCUGUGCGGAGGCGACCGAUUCUUUUCGUUUGUCCAACGGUUCCGUUUCCCCGUCGGCGGUCCUUGCGAUUCGUUCUGCGGCUGGUCUCGGUAUUAUACAUCUCAUCAGUUCGUAACUAUAAAAUGUACGAACCCAUCAAGUCCGAUUAUGUGACUAUUAAUCAAAGCGAUAUUGAUCUCAAAGUAGAAGGCAAUCGCCUAUUCAAUGCUAAACGAUAUUCUAAAGCCAUUGAAUGUUAUAGUAUGGCUAUUGUAAAAAAUCACAUUGUUCCUGAGUAUUUCACCAAUCGAGCAUUAUGUUUCUUAAGGUUAAAUAAAUGGAAUGAAGCGUAUUCAGAUUGUUGCCAAGCUUUAGAACUAGACUCUGAACACAUUAAAGGUUGUUUCUUUUUGGGGAAGACACUGAUCGAGCUGGGAAAGUAUGAUGAAGCAUUACAAAAAUUACAAAAAGCUCAUAAUCUGGCAAAAGAAAAAAAAAUUAACUACGGUGAUGACAUAACAAGAAAUCUUCGAAAAGCCCGUAGAUUGAAAUGGGAGAAACAAGAAAGCUUAAGACAAAGUCAAGAGAUGGAACUUUUGUCAUAUUUGAAAAAACUUAUGGAAGAUGAUAUGAUUCGUAAAAUCAAUGAUAUUAAAUUGCCAUCCGAAGAUAAAGAUCAAAUUGAAGAAUUUGAAAACCGUACUAUGGAAAUUCAAAAUCAAAAUGAGAAAAAUAUUUCUGAACUACAUACAAUAUUUGUUAAGAAUGAUGAUCGACUAAAAAAACGAGAAUUACCUGACUUUUUGUGUGGUAACAUUAGUUGUAAUAUUGUGAAGGAUCCUGUUGUUACUCCCAGUGGUAUAUCGUAUGAUCGUAAAGAUGUAGAAGAACACUUAAUGAAAAUUGGUCAUUUUGAUCCAGUAUCAGGUCGGCCUUUAACAGUUGAACAACUUAUUCCAAAUUUGGCAUUAAAAGAAGCAGCUGAAACAUUUGCCAUGGAAAAUGAUUGGCUGGAUCAAUAUUGCAUUUAAUCUACAUAGAUGGAUUACUUAACUAAAAAUAAAUUAAAAAUAUUUAAUUUUAAGUAUUAAAAAAAAUAUGCCAUACAAGUAUUUUAUAUUCUCAUUAAAAUAUAUAUCAUAUAUAUAUAUAAUUUAUUGUACUAGUAAGAUAAAGUCUGGAUUAAAAUGAAGAGAGGGCUUCAGGUCUAAAAACUUGCCAUAUUUUUAUUUUUAUUUUUUUUGUGAGACCUUAUUUAUAUAUUGAUUUGACUGUUUUUUAAAGUAAA